AUGGAAUGUGUUCAAAACACAUUCCUAAAAGGUUUAAUGAAGAACCAUUUGUCGAUAGAGAUGGUUAUCACUGUUACUAGAGGUUUAUCUAGAGCACGGAGAGAAAAUGAAGGCGAUGAAGGCGUUGAUGAAAGUCAUGAAUACUAUAAUUGUAGAUAUGUGUCCGCAAGUAAAGCUUCUUGGUGCAUCUUAGGAUUUGAGAUUCAUCAUCGGACUCCAUCAGUGGAGAGGCUUAGUUUUCACUUGCCAGGUGAACAUACUGUUAUGUUCAAUGAUGAUGACACAAUUGAUGAUGUAAUGUCAAGGCCGUUGAAUGAGAGAUCAAUGUUCAUGGCUUAG